AUUCCUUGGUCCAAUGCACAAUAUAUAUAGGUCAUGAAAAGCUCUCAGGAUUAAGCAAUCUAGAGUUCCUUACCAUUAAUACAAUGUUCGAUAUGGAAGAUAUCAACGUCUUAUCGGUCUUGAAUUUAAAAGACUUCAUCAAUCUGAAGAUGCUAGUCAUAGGUCACAACCAUUACCAAAGCUUUGGACCAUUUAACGAAGGAGACGAACCUAAGAAAUUGGAGAGCUUGAAUUUACAAUCUAACAGAUUUAAUAACAGCUUAUUCAAGUCGAUUAAAGGGCUUCCUUCACUCAAGUUUCUGGAUCUGAGUAUGAAUGACUUUCACGGACCACUACCCAUACAAGACAUAAAUUCAUUGAGCAGUUUGGAGGUCUUAGAUUUGAGUGAAAACUCUAUCGAGGGCUUCGAGACACCUAUAAGUAUUUCAGGAGUAUCAGGCAGGAUUACAAACAACAGCCAUCUUCAAUUGCGUUUAAAUUCCAUACUCUGUAACAUGACUAAGUUAUUACAGUCUUUGGCAUCGUUCCAAGCUGUUAAGAGCCUUGAAUUACGGGGUAACAACAUUACAACCAUUGAUGAAAUUUAUGGUGAGGAAAAUGAAGGAUCUAGACUCAUCUGA